AUGGAAGAAAUAAACGAAAUAGGGGGUUUGACUCGAUCGGGAAGAUGCUAUGUUCCAGAAGAAUUAAGGAGACCAAAACAGUUUAAAGAUAGUCAAGGGCCAAUGAAAAAACCUGUCACAAACGAAGAGGCUGAGAAAUUUCUGAAGAAAAUGCAAACCCAAGACUAUUCCAUUGUCGAUCAAUUGAGGAAAACCCCGGCUCAAAUAUCAUUAUUAUCCCUUCUGCUACAUUCUAAAGAACAUUGUCAGGCAUUGAUCAAGUUGUUGAAUGAAGCAUACGUCCCAAAGGAAACUACGGUAUGUCAAAUAGAAAGGAUGGUUCGUAGAAUAUUUGAAGCAAAUAGAAUCACUUUCACUGAUGAUGAGUUACCCACAGAAGGUUCUGGUCACAAUAAGGCUUUGCAUCUGACUAUCAAAUGCGAAGGAUAUUACAUAAAAGGGGUAAUGAUCGAUGGAGGUUCAGGAGUAGAUAUCUGUCCUCUCUCUACUUUACAAAAAUUAAAAAUCAGCCUAGAUAGGAUUCGGUCCAAUAAUGUAUGUGUUCGGGCUUUUGAUGGUGCAAAACGAGACACAAUUGGUGAGGUAGAUCUUGCUUUGGUUAUUGGACCAGUUGAGUUUACGAUCACAUUUCAU